UUAAUCAUUGGCCCAGAGGGUGACCAGCGUCGUGUUGCUCAGCAAACUCCCCAGUCACCGAAAUGAGCCACUGACACGCCCUUGGCGCUUCUCUACUUGGCUAUCUGGUUAUCUGGCUAUAACGUAGGAACCAUCCCCAGUCGGACCUAACCCCACUUAACUUAUCGCACGUGCCUGGUCAUAGACUAGAAAACAGUAUAACUGGACAACUGAAACACCACUAAGGUCCUUCCACAGGCGCAAGCAACAGGACUUGUUUAUCGGCAGCCCCUUGGUCGGGCCCCACUCCAAACUGGCCCAUCAAUUUUGGUUCUCCUACCCGCCACCGGGCGCUGGCGGCGGUUCCUCAAGAAAACUAAAACUAAGGAAUCAAGCCUAACGAAUACGAAAUACUCGUAAAAACUAAAGAAAACGAAAAAAUAAGACAAAAAUUUUAGAAUCAAAUCGAAAACUGAAACCAAAACGGAGAUUGAGAGAUUCUUCGUGUGCGAUCGCUACCUGUCUCUCUACCUCUCAGUCUCUUCUCUCUAUAUCUCUAUCUCUCUAUCUCUCUCUAUAUAUAUAUAUAUUGCUAUCUAUCUGCCUAUAUGUCUAUCUCUUUCUCAAAAGACACACUCAGACACACCGCACUCACCUAACGGUACUAAUUCCAUUCAAAUCGUUCCGGUUCGCGUCGCGAUCGCGUGUUAACAAUUACAAAAUUCGACUAAAAUCGUUACUAAAAAUAUAAUCAAAAUCAAAAUCGACACAACUACAACAACAACAACAAUAACAAUAACAACAACAACAUCAUCACCACAAGUACAACAACAUCAGAAAAAAAAGAACACUUUGAGGUAAGGAAGAAUUUCUUUCUCACUGUCUCCACACACUUCGCCUCUCUCCGUCUCUAUCUCUGUCUCUCUCUCACUCUCUCUCUCUCUGUCUUUGUCUCUCUCUCUGGUCUCGUAGUGUUGGCUAAAUGGGAUAUCAACCAUUGAACCAACAAAAAAUAAAAAAGAAAACCCCUUAGUAUAACCCACCUAGACCAACAGUCAAGAAAUACAAAACCCCCCCUACAUAGAGAGUUCCGUUAUUCCGCCGUUCCGUUCCGUUGGUUGUUACGUUACGUUAUGUGUAGUUCGUUUCGUUCCACGUUCCUUAUUUCCCCUUAGUUGUCUUAAGUUCUAAGUUUGAUUUUUGUUUUCGCAUUUCUCGUAGCGCUUUGAUGAUGAUAAUAAUGAUGAUGAUGAUGAUGAUGACGAUAAUAAUAAUGACGAUGAUAACAUAAUGAUGACCCUGAUGCGAUUGUGUGUGUGUGCAUAAAAGUUGUUUAUGAAUGGAACGAGGUCAAAGGUGGGACAGGUGCAAACUUGUGGCAUCCACACUGCUGCACUCGGGCCUCUUUGAAGUCAUCCAAGGGGUAGAACGAGAUAAUUGCAGCCGGUUGACGAGACAUGUGUAUGCUUGAGGCUUUAGAAAAGGUUAAACACAUAACGGGAAUACAAAAUGAUGACUAGAAUAAGUAGCGAUGCUUGAGUAUUUGUAUAGACUUUUGGACCAACGAAGAAGGUUUCUGAAAGCCAGUCAGAGUAUAAAACUCAUGCUUUUAGCCAAAGACAUUAUAAAAAAAAGAGUUGGUAUACAUUUCUAGAUUAAAAGUGCUUAAAAGUGGUUGUAAUUAUAAUGUAAAAGAGAAGCGAAAGUUGGUACUAAAAUUGUAGCAGUGUGACCAGCGCUCUAUUACAAGCAGUAGUCGUGUUAAAAACAUUCAUUUUUCCAGAGGUGCUCUAAAAUAUGUUUCAAAAUUAAUAAGUUAAUCAUAUCGAAUGUUUUAAAAAUAUACAUAAAAAGUACCCUUUUGUAGGAAAUCAUUAUUUCCCAAUGAUCAAUCAUAAUCCACCACACCACAGUGGCUCAAAUAAAUGCUUACCCACCGCUUGUGACGCACUAACUGUACUUGGUGAACUCUUGUGCUCUUGUGGUGGGUUGGAGGCCCUCAAUCGGUUGAAGCCAAGGCCAAAGCUCAAAGCUCAAAUAUUCAUGGGAAACAUAAAUGCACGAGAAUAGCAAAACGACUGCCAGCAAACAGAAUGUUGAGUGUUAGUCGAGUAGAGACCGCUCUUCAAAGUGGAAAUGUUCUCACCUCAUAAAGAAAAUAUAUAAAAUAAAUAGGAAAAUAAUUAAGAGACCAGAACCAGUUAAAUUAAGCCACCGUUUUCAUUUAAUGACAUUAAAAUAAAAUAGUAAAUAGUUGCUGAUAUUAACUUUAAAGCAAGCAGUGUGCCCAGCACGUUUGUUAAAUACUCCCGUUCUGUGGUCACACUGCCACCCAAAAUGCAUAUCUCUCUGGCUGCCGCGAGCACUCGCCGCUGAGCUUUAAUACGCCCGAAAAGAUGACACUAAUUGGGCUACCGCGGUCAACUCUGAGUGCGUUUAGUGUUUUGGGUUCAGUGUUUAGUUUUAUGUUCUUGGCGAGCCGCAUGUUGCUGUUCAGUGUCAGUGUUGCCUGGUUCUUCGGCCGCAACUGACGACUGUUGAUUCCGUGUGGGCUUUUCACCUGUCGAAAGGUGCGAAUUAGCAUGACACCGCCUCGGCUGAGUCGCUAUUUGAUGGCAGUGCGCGGUGGGCGCGAUGGGGAGCAGCACAGCAAGAACUCGCAGACCGACGAAGAGAAGCAGCGCGAUCGACAGCGAAACGAGCGCGAGGCCAAAAAGGAAGAGCAGGACGCCAUCAACUACAAGCGCGACAAGGAGCAACGCGAGGCCCGUCUGCUGGACUUUGAGAUACGCCGCCAGCAGAAGCGGGACGAGCAGCAGCAGCAGCGCCAGCAGCAGCAGCAACUGCAGCAGCACCGCGAGCAGCAGCAGCAGCAUCAUCAGCAGCAGCGAGAGCAACUCCAGCAGCAGCACCGCGAGCAGCAGCACCAGCAGUCCAGCGAGAAGAGUCCGCCAACCUCGUCUUCUGCCGCCGCCGCCGCCGCCGCCGCAGCUGCCGGCCAUCAGACCCAUCCGCAUCAGCAGCAGCAACAGCAGCGACAACACUUGCAUCUGCAGCAACAGCAUCUGCAGCACCUGCAACACCAGCAGCAGCAGCAACAGCAACAACAGUCAACGGGCAGCGGCAGCAGCAACACCCCCGUGACUCCAAAGUUGCAGACACCGCCCCCCGAUCGAUCGCUGCCCCCGGCCUUCAGGAGUCGCUCUAUCGAACGGGAGAUCCUCUACGAACGGAAGCGUUUCUCGCAGCCGGAAGCCGGCGAGAUCAAGGAGCUCGAUAGUACAACAUCAUCAUCGUCCACGCAGCAGACCUUCCCUGGCAGCGCAGUCGGGCCGGGCAGCAGAGCGGCGACAGCGGGAGCAGCGGUACCUGGCAGUGGGACAGCAGGAGCGGGAGGGGUACAAACGACGACAUUGGCGGGGCCGCCGGCAACGGCCGCAGCUGCCACAGCUGCGAUCAUCCCAAUAUUGCCGCUCGGCGUUGCCACGCUGCGCGAUGAUUCCACCGAGUCCGAGCAGUCCGUGACCUGUGCGCACAACCAGCUCGAUGCCUACCACCGCAUCAUGUGCCGGGCUCCCAUUGCGUCACUCGACUGUAUGGAGGAGUUCAGUGGCCGUUCGAUCAGCCUGGGCUCCAAUCCGGCGCUGCCUCUGCGCCAUGGAUCUACUCCGACGCCGGGGCUGCGGUACAAGAAUCUCGGCAAGAGCGGGUUGCGGAUCUCCAAUGUGGGUCUGGGCACUUGGCCGGUCUUCUCGCCAGGCGUCAGUGAUGACCAGGCGGAGGCCAUACUCAAGCUGGCCAUCGAGAGUGGCAUCAACCUGUUCGACAUCUCGGAGGCGCACUCGGAAACGGAGAUCGGCAAGAUCCUGCAGCGGGCUGGCUGGAAAAGGACCGCCUAUGUCAUCACCACGAAGGUCUACUGGAGCACCAAAUCCGAGGAACGAGGUCUUUCCCGGAAACACAUAAUCGAGUGCGUGCGGGCCAGCUUGCAGCGAUUGCAGCUGCAGUACAUCGACAUUGUCAUCAUCCACAAGGCGGAUCCCAUGUGCCCCAUGGAGGUGGUGCGCGCCAUGAGCUACGUGAUACAGCAGGGCUGGGCAAUGUACUGGGGCACCGCUCGAUGGAGCCAAGUGGAGAUCAUGGAGGCCUAUACCAACUGCCGCCAGUUUAACUGCAUCACACCGAUCGUGGAGCAGUCCGAAUACCAUAUGUUCUGCCGCGAAAAGUGUGAGCUCUACCUGCCGGAGAUGUACAACAAGAUCGGCGUAGGCCUCAUGGCCUGGGGUCCUCUAUCGAUGGCCUUGAGUGAUACUCAGAAUGGCGAUAAGCUCUUUCUGCCCAAAGGAUCCUUCAAGACGAAGAGCUUCUCGUGGACCGAAGACGAGAUCAAUCGCAAUGCCGCUUUGUCGCCGCAGGGCAGUUGGGGCAAGGACCGGAUUGAGGAGGGGCGCCGCCAUUGCGACCGCCUUCGUGACCUUGCCGCCCUCGCCGAGAAGCUGGGCUGCAGCCCUACCCAGCUGUCGAUCGCCUGGUCGCUGAAGCACGAGCCUGUUCAGUGUCUGUUGCUGGGAGCCACUUCGGCGGAGCAGCUCCAUCAGAGCCUGCAAUCGUUGCAGUUGCUGCCACGCCUCUCCUCGAGCGUUAUGCUGGAGCUGGAAAGGAUCCUGGAGAACAAGCCGGUGCGGCCGCCGAUGAUCUCGACUCUGGCGCUCCGGUGACAAUCAGCGUGCCCGCAGGGGCCGCUCAGCCUGAGCGGCGGCGGACCCUGCGGCGCCGAUUCGCCCAAGCACGAGGAUGAGGCCUUCAUCGAGGAGGUGGACGCUGCCAAGGACGCUGCCAAGCAGGGCUUCUGCCUCAUCCAGUGACGAAAGGAGUCCUUAGAUAACGAUAAUAAAUUUUUGAAAGUGAUUAGCAGUAAAACUAGCCUAAGUAGCAAUACCAUGACGACAACAAUAAGCAAGCAGGAGCAUCAGCAACAUCUCCAGCAGCAGCAGCAGCAGCAGCAGCAACAGCAACAACAGCAACAGCAACACCAACAGCUACAACAGCAACAUGUGCAACAACAGCAGCAGCAACAACAAUUGCUGAUCAGCGGCAACACCAGCGAUUCGGGAGCAGUUCCCAUCGCAGCUGACCUCCAGUUCGACACCCUGAAUAACAAUAACAACAACAACAAUAACAAUGGCAGUCCAGAUCAGGCCCUGCCCUCCAGCGAUGAGCCCCAGAAGCGUCGCUCCCUGCUCAACUUCAAGUCCCUGGACUUUCAUUUGAAGUCCCUGUACAGUGGCCUACGCAGUCACUCGGGCACCACUCCUCCAAGUCAGCCGAACAGCUCGGCUCCAGCGGUGGAUCAGACGCAGCGACGGAUGCCUUAUCUGCGGGUGGAGAGUGUGGAUCCCGAGGAGACAAGGGGAGGCGGUGGAUCGGUACUCGCUGGACACUCUCCCAGCUUUCUGUCGCCCUACAGUGGAGGAGGCGUCAUUGGAGGAGGAGGAGGAGGAGCAGGAACUGUUAGCCUCCAGCUGCCCUCCGCCGAUGGAGCCACCAUUAGGAGAUCCUCAACUUCGGAUAUAGUAAAUUGCAAGAGGGGAGGAGGAGCAGGAGGAGGAGCCGCCUCUGCCCAGGACAGUAGAAGGCCCAGCACCUCGGACUUGCUCAGAAAGGCCAGGGAGCGGAAGGGCAGUGAGGCCAGGAUGGGUAGGAGUGUCUCCCAUAGUGGGCUUACAAGAGGCGGACCCGGCGGAGGAGGCGGUGGCCUGGGGGGCAGACGAACCAGCAUGGCCUUCUAAGAGAAAAUAAAAUAGGGAAAACCAAAAGUUUAGCACGGAGGGUGGAGGGAAAUGGCAAAAGAAAAACUGUUGAUCAAAUCUGAAUCAGAAAUAGGCUGAUAAAAUGGCGCUUAUGAAUUUUUAUCUAGUGAAAAAACCAAAGAAAAACCAAAGAAAACCCAAAAAAAAAAAUUAACAACAAAAAAAAAAAUAUAUUAGAGCAGCUAUUAAGGAACGACUUUUUGUGGAUCUAUUAUCAUUAUGAUUAUAAUAUGGUUACUAAAAUUGCGCCUCGAAAAGAACUAAAGUUAGUAGAUAAUUAAAAAAAAAAAGUAAAGAACAGAAACAUAACAUUUCAUCUCUCUUAAACUCUGUAUCUCUCUCUUCCCCAGCAAUUUAAAGAACCCCCAAAACUUUUAUGACAAUAUUAGAACCUAACUAUCGUGUACUAUCGUUAACUAUCGCCUGGCAAAAGCUCUAAAACUAACCUGCGUUCUGGCCCCAAAAAAUGAAAACAUGUUUCAAGAUCGAUCCAUUAUAUCAUCUUACUGUGAGAGUUCAUAUCAAGCGAAAAGGAUACCCAAAGUAUAUGGGGAUGUUGCUGUACCCAAAUGUCUUUUUGAUUAAUCGAUUAGUAGACUUAACGAAUGUUAAACGAUUGUUAACGAUUGACUAGAGGCGCUGGACGGGGAGUGAUUAGCGAUUAACGAUGAAAGAUUGGCGAAGGGCGAUAGAGGAUUGAGGAUAAUGGUUAAUGGUUGAUGGAUAAUAGAUAUGGGUUAAAAGAUAAAGCAAAGGGAAAUUCGUCGAAUAAUUAAAUUUUAGCUAAACGAAAACUAAAAAUCUAAAUAAAAUGAAAAACAAAAAUAAAAAAACUCAAAGAAACAAUUCAAAUCAAAUCUUAUUAUAUAGACAUUACUAGCAUUAUGUAGUUAAAUGAUAACAAUUCAAGCGAAAUUUUUUUAAAUCGACAAACGAAAAACAAAGCAAAUGCCUUUCAUAACAGCAACAAAAACAACAACAACAACAACAACAACCAAAUAAGUAAAUUUA